UCAGUUCUCAUGGAAAUAAGAGACCGGAAAAGAGGCCUUGAUAAAAACAAGGAGCCUAUCUUCUUCCCAUCAAACACGCACACAGCACAAAAUGGCCACUUUGCCGACGACUACUGCUACGCUGAGCUUCCUCUCUCCAAAUCCAACCAAGACUCACCUUUUCAUUCCCAAGAAUUCUCUCUCCUUUUCCUCUCCUGAAUUUACCCCUUUUUCCUCAAUUCCUCGUUUGGCGUUUGGAAAUUUCAAGAAAAUCAAUCGCAUACUUUGUAGCAGCAUUCCCUUUGUCUCCACUGACACAACCCAUUAUGAGUUUUCUGAUGUUUCUUCUGAGGUGGAGUUGAGGUUGGAACUUGGGAAAGAAGGUGUAAGUCCUAAGGAAAUCUUUAUAGAUGCAAAUGAGAACUCUUUGGUAAUUAAGGUGCAGAACAGUGGAUAUCUUAGGACACUGCUGGAUACAAAUAAACUUUAUGGGAUGAUAAAGCCUUCUGAAACAAUAUGGUAUAUAGACGAUGAUCAGUUGGUGGUUAAUUUGAAGAAACAAGACCCAGAACUAAAAUGGCCUGACAUCAUGGAGUCGUGGGAGUCCUUAACAGCGGGAGUUGCACAACUCUUGAGAGGAACAUCAAUCUAUUUAGUCGGGGAAUCAACUGAAAUAAACCACAAGAUUGCUCGAGAAUUAGCUGUUGGUCUUGGGUAUACACCACUCAAUACAAAGGAGAUUCUGGAAUCAUACAGCAAGGAAAUUAUUGAUUCGUGGGUGGCCUCACAGGGUUGUGAUGCUGUAGCAGAAGCAGAAACUGCUAUAUUAGAAAGCCUCAGUAGCUAUGCCCGAGCUGUUGUUUCGACAUUAGGUGGGAAGCAUGGUGCUGCUGAGAGGCCUAAUAAAUGGCAGCAUCUUUUUGCAGGAUUCACUAUUUGGUUAUCUCAGUCAGAAGCUACAGAUGAAGAGUCAGCGAAAGAGGAAACCCGGAGACAUUUACAAAAUGGUCUUCCAGGUUAUUCAAAUGCAGAGGUCGUAGUCAAGCUCGGGGGUUGGGAUGCUAAUUACUCCAAAGCAGUUGCUCAAGCUUCGCUAAGUGCUCUUAAACACUUGAUUUUGUCUGAUAAGAAUCUUCCAGGUAAGAAAAGUUUGUAUAUAAGACUGGGAUGCCGAGGGGACUGGCCAGAUAUCAAACCUCCUGGCUGGGGUCCAACGACCGGAUCUGAUGCAUUGUCUCCCCUAUCAUAGUAUCAAUCCCUCCGAGUACGCAAUUUGGAUUUGCAGCAUCAUUUUUGUCUCUUCCAGAUUGUUUUGUCAAUGUGUCUUGUUUCCCUCAGGUUCAUAAAUUUGCUCUUCUAUACCAAGGCACUGUAUCAUAUAUUGCUAUGUACAUUCCAUGUUGAUCGAUUAUUUGUUACUUAUCAGUAAGGCAAAUUCUGGAGGGCUACUACUUUCAACUCUCUUCUUCAUAGUUAAAGUAUAAAUAAGUUUCUUCCCUUUUUAA